GAAGGUACAAAUGUGGUAAAAGUGACUGGACAGAUUUCUGGUUUGCAAAAAGGUCUGCAUGGUUUUCAUGUUCAUGAAUUUGGUGACAACACUAAUGGUUGCACAAGUGCAGGCGCUCAUUUCAAUCCGUUAGGAAAAGAUCACGGUGGUCCAGAUCAUGAUGUGCGCCAUAUUGGAGAUUUAGGAAACGUGGAAGCCGGUGCUGAUGGUAUCGCAAAAGUUAACAUCACCGAUUCCUUAAUUCAGCUAAGCGGACCAUAUAAUGUUAUUGGACGAACUCUCGUGAUUCACGCUGAUCCUGAUGAUUUGGGCCAAGGUGGCCACGAGCUAUCAAAAACAACUGGCAAUGCUGGUGCUCGUCUCGCCUGUGGUGUCAUUGGUAUCACAAAAUAA